AUGCUCUUGCUAUGCCCAAACACUACAAUUCUUGCCACUUGUUCUUCUAUUGGCAACCAAUCAGCAGCAGCAACAGAUGGUAAUUAUGGUGGCAUCAACAAGUCAUGCUUCCACAAAGAGAAACAAGCCCUCCUUCAUUUCAAAGCUUCCCUUCAAGACCCCCUUGGCCAACUCUCUACAUGGAGACCUGCAGAAGAUGAUGAUUGUUGUAAAUGGUUUGGAAUCACCUGCAACAACCAUACAGGUCAUGUAACAGAGCUUGACGUUCGGUCCUAUCAUCUUGAAGGUGAGAUUAGCCCUUCAUUGCUUAACUUAACCUACUUGAAUCAUCUUGACCUUUCCAUAAAUUCUUUCCACGGAACCAUUCCUAACUUCAUUGCUUCCAUGACUCAAUUAAGGUAUCUUGACCUUUCCGAUAGUUCUUUCAAUGGAAGCAUUCCAAACUCCAUUGGUUCCAUGACUCGAUUAAGGCAUCUUGACCUUUCCUUCAAUAUUUUACAUGGAACCAUUCCCAGGUCCAUUGGUUCCUUGACCCAAUUAAGGUAUCUUGACCUUUUUUGGAAUGCUUUUAAUGGAACCAUUCCCAGGUCCAUUNAUGGAACCAUUCCCAGGUCCAUUGGUUCCUUGACCCAAUUAAGGUAUCUUGACCUUUUUUGGAAUGCUUUUAAUGGAACCAUUCCCAGGUCCAUUGGUUCCUUGACCCAAUUAAGGUAUCUUGACCUUCGUUACAAUUCUUUCAAUGGAACCAUUCCAACUGAAUUUGGAAACCUCACAAACUUGCGAAAUCUUUCACUUGGAAACUAUGAAAGAUUAUCUACGAUUCAAACCCUGGAUUGGUUGUCUAAUCUUUCUCAUUUGCAACACCUUGAUAUGACACUUAUCUCCCUAGCCAAAGCAAAUCACUGGAUAGAUGUCAUUCUAAGUCUCCCAGAACUAUCGUAUUUAAGUUUAGAAAGAUGUGAGCUCUCAGAGGUCAUGCAUCCAUAUUCUUCAUUUGUCAACUCUUCUUUUUCAUUAUCUAUUCAGUUUCUGGAUCUCAGUGGUAACAAUCUCAACUCAUCCAUGUAUCGUUGGUUGUUCCUAUUAACAAGCAAUAGACUUCUCUCUCUUSAUCUCUCUGGGAACAUGUUAGAUGGGAUACCCAAAUAUCUUGGAAAUCUCUGUAGUUUGACAUCGUUAUACUUCUAUAAGAACUCUGCAGUUGUCAAUUUUACAGAUUUUCUAAAUAACUUGUCUGGAUGCACAUCGGGUACAUUGCGAGAUUUGUAUGCUGACUCUAGCCAAUUUAUAGGGUCACUGUCCGACCAGAUCCAAGAGUUUUCAUCCCUAGAAUAUUUGUACCUACCUUAUAAUCACUUAAAUGGGACUAUGAGUGAAAAGGUGUGGGAACUACCCAAUCUUCAAGGUCUAGAUGUCUCUUCCAAUUCUCUUGUUAUCACUCCAAACAUUGGAAAGUCAAAGGUUUCGUAUAUAGAUCUUUCAAACAACUCACUUGUAGUGAUUCCUUCCAAAGCUCAUAUCUCAAACCUUUAUUAUGUAGAGUAUAUUGAUUUGAGUGCUUGCAAUCUAGGGCCUUUCUUCCCCAAAUGGAUUCAAACACACAAAAAUCUUACCCAUCUUGAUAUCUCCAAUAACAAAAUUUCGGGUACAAUUCCGGUCGAGUUUUGGAAGACAUGGCCUUCACAAUUGACAUAUUUGAAUCUCUCUUCCAACAACUUCAACGGGAACAUUUCAGAUUUAUCAUCAAAUUUUGUCCCCAUGGCAAUGAUAGAUUUGAGUUCCAACAACUUCUAUGGGCCACUACCGAAUGUUCCUUCCACUUUGGCAUGGUUGAAUCUUUCCAAAAAUAAAUUCUAUGGUGGUAUCUCCUUCUUGUGCCAAAUUGUUGACGGGUUUUUGUCAUUUCUUGACCUCUCCCACAACUCUUUAACCGGGCAACUUCCUGAUUGUUUGUGGCAUUUCAAAGAGCUAAGAGUUCUUAAUUUAGGACACAACAAUCUUUCUGGAAGGCUUCCUGCUUCUAUAGGAUAUUCGAUUCAACUCGAGGUAUUGGAUUUAUACAACAACAACUUUUCAGGAGAAUUGCCUAUGGCUUUGAAGAAUUGCACAUGGUUAAGUUUUUUGAAUUUGGGGGCCAACAAGAUUUCUGGUAAUGUGCCUGUUUGGAUUGGGGAAAACUUAACAUGGUUGUAUGGUCUUAUCCUAAGAUCAAACAACUUGUUCGGACCCAUUCCUUUACAACUAUGUCAUCUCAUGUACCUUCAAAUCCUAGACUUGUCAAUCAACAACCUCAACGGAACCAUUCCAUCAUGCGUGAAUAACUUGAGUGCCAUGGUUGACGGAAGGUUCUUGCAAUAUAACAUUCAUAUGUAUGGGGUAAACAUGAGUUCCACUGGUACUUAUGUUGACAACGCGAUGAUCGAGUGGCAAGGAAAGGAACAAGAAUUCACCAAUAAUCUGGGAUUAUUGACGAGCAUUGAUUUGUCAAGCAACAACUUAACGGGACAAAUCCCAAAUGAAUUAGUUGAUCUUCAUAAACUGCUUGUACUGAACUUGUCAAAGAACGCUCUACUUGGAGAGAUUCCACGAAAAAUUGGUGUCAUGAAAGAACUUUUAACUUUGGAUUUAUCUAGAAAUAAAAUUUCAGGAGGGAUGCCAUCAAGCAUGUCUAACAUGACUUUGUUAAGUUACCUAGACGUGUCAUAUAAUAAGUUGUCUGGGAGAAUUCCAUCUAGCACUCAACUCCAGUCCUUUGAACCUUCAAGGUACAACGGAAAUGCAGGAUUAUGUGGACCUCCCCUUGCAAAAAGUUGUGGCAUUGUUAGUGAACGUAAUUGUGGUGAGGAAGGCAUAAAUGAACUUGAAAGAUGGUUUUACAUUGGUGGGUGCACCGGAUUUGCUACUGGAUUUUGUAUAGUAUGUGGUGCUUUACUUCUCAACCGUCACGGGAGACGUGUUUUUUUCCACUUUGUUGAUAGCUUGAAAGAUUAG